UGUAUGUGUGUUGCGGGAGCUUCAACGUGUGUUGUGAGCGGCUGGCACUGAGGGAUAGAUUAGGAAGGAAGGGACCAUGGGCAAAAAAAGUAAAAAGGACAAGAAAGGAAAGGGAGUUGAAAAAAACGCGAUUAAAAUGGAGAAAAAGAUCUCCAAACGGUCGAAGAAAGAGGAGGAGGAUUUAGAAACAUUAAUAGCUGAAUUCAAGCAACUUGAUGCAAAGAAGACUCAAGUAACGGAGGUGGCAUGUUCUUUUCCUUCACCACGGUUGAAUGCAUCAUUGUCAUCUUGCCCCGAGAAGGAUGAAUUGAUUCUCUUUGGGGGUGAAUAUUUCAACGGUCAAAAAACUUUUCUCUACAAUGAGGUAUAUUUAUACAACAUAAAGAGGAAUGCAUGGACAAAACUUGAAAUCCCAAAUCCACCAGCACCACGCUCUGCCCAUCAGGCUGUGGUGGUUCCUCAAGCAGGUGGACAACUUUGGGUAUUUGGAGGAGAAUUUGCAUCUCCAAAUGGUGAACAGUUUUACCAUUAUAAAGAUCUUUGGGUGCUACAUCUUGCCAAUAGGAUGUGGGAACAAAUCAAAGUGACGGGUGGACCAUCAGGUAGAAGUGGACAUCGGAUGGCCGUUUGUAAGAGACAGAUCUUAGUAUUUGGUGGAUUCCAUGAAAGUGCAAGGGAUUUUAUUUACUAUAAUGAUGUCUACUCCUUUAACCUGGAUUCAUUUACAUGGACAAAGCUGUUGCCAUCUGGAACUGGUCCCUGCCCUCGUUCAGGCUGUUCAAUAGCUUCCACACCUGAUGGCAAUGUAGUCAUUUAUGGAGGUUAUUCAAAGCAGCGGGUGAAGAAAGAUGUAGAAAAAGGCAUUGUUUAUACCGAUAUGUUUCUCCUGAAGAAUGAGGGGAAAGAAGGUGAAGACAAAUGGACCUGGGUUCGCUUGAACCCAACAGGUGUGAAGCCUUCACCACGAUCAGGAGCCUCUGUGGUUGUUGCCCCAAACAGUCGCAUUGUUCUUUUUGGUGGCGUGCAUGAUGAAGAGGAGGAAGAAGACAUUCAAGGAGAGUUUUUUAAUGACAUUUAUUUAUAUGAUAUGGUAAAGAAUCGCUGGUUUGCUGGGAAGUUAAAGGAACGCAAAGGAGAGAAAAGAAAACGAAGGCGUGGAACAAAAGAGGAAGAAGGUGUCAAAGUGAAAAGUGAAAGUCCCGAAUCCAGGAGUUCAACAGAAAUUGUGAAGGAAGUUGUAACUGAAGAUGGUACUGUCAUGACUAUAAAACAGGUGAUAAACAACUCUGAUAGCAAACCAGUCACAGAAAGUGACCUGGAAGAAGAGGAGGAGGAGGAGGACAAAGAUUCUGAAACAAGUCCAUUCAAUGAACCAUGUCCUCGGUCCAGUGCCAUGGCAGCUAUUAAACACGGUGUAUUGUAUAUCUACGGUGGAAUGUUUGAAGUGGGAGACAGACAGUUUACUUUAAAUGACCUUUACUCCAUUGAUCUACACAAGAUGGAUGAAUGGAAAGUUUUGGUAGAAACUGAUCCAAAGACUCAGGAAUGGCUGGAUGAAGAAGAGUCAGAGGAUGAGGAAGAGUGUGAAGGAGCUGCAGGAGGGGAAGAUGAAGAAGAUGAGGAAGAGGAUGAUGACAGCAGUGAAGAAGAAGAUGACCAUCCUGCGGUGCAGCCACAGGAAUCUUAUUCAGAAUAUUUGUCACGCACGGAGACUUACUGGAUUAAGCUUGCCAAGGAUAAUAUGGGCCAAAAUGCCAAAGAGAAAAAGACUUUGAAGGUGGCACAGGCAAUGGCAAAGACUUUUUAUGAUAAUGUGUGAUGGUCAGAAUUUAAUCAGGACUGAAACAUGGUUAAUUUAAUUUUGUUAAUAGGCUAUAAUUGUUGCCUAAAAAUACAAAAAAAACAGAAGUUAUUGUUUAUUUAAUUAAUUGUAGUUACUUUAUAUUUUCCUACACAAGGUUUUAAAGCUAAUUUCAAGCAGAUUGAAUAUGUUAUCUUUGCUGUAAUUUUUACAGAAGAUUGUAUGACACCAGAGGUAUUAGUUUUAGUAUUUUUAACAAUCCACUGUUUACCAUGAUUAUGUUGCUUUUAAUGUUUUACAUCUAAAUAAAUAGUUCCAUCAAUUCUUAACUCCAAAGGAAAGGUCGCCCCUCUUCACCAACUGUGAUAUAAAAUGAAAAUAAAAAUUAUCUCUCACUAUCAAAUUUAUUCAUUUGCAGGUGUAUUUCUGACAAGCCUGAAAGCAAUACUGUGCAGUAAAUGCAAAAUAACUUCUUAGUACUACAGAAGUUAAAACAAAGAAAUUUUUAAAAAGCAUAUUGGUUGCUUAAGACUGAAAUACACUUCCUAGAUUUCAUUUCUGUGAUCUAAAAGCCAUUUCCACAUAAAUAGUCACUUGUACAUUGAAUCCAAGCAUAAAUAAAGGUAUACAUGGUCGGUAGGAUUGAAGAAUGUAGCACAAGAAUCUUAUGCUCUAAAUCACUUUAAGCAAAUGGAGCAGAAUGAACUGUAUAAACUGAAGCAUGUCUAUUAGCAUAUAGUUAAUGAAUCAAAUGUUGAAAGAACAAAAAGAAAAUGUUGGUGCAGAUUUAAAUACUUCAGGAAAAUUAGAUUUGCAACAAUCUUAACUUCUGUGUUAACAGUAUAUCAGAAAUGUGAUGGAAACCUGACAACUUCAAGGUUUAAUUGGGAAAUGCCUUUAGAAUUCAUAGAAUAACACAGUGCAGAAACAGACCCUUCAGUCCAACCGGUGCAUGCCAACUAGAGCGUACUCCCUGCUAGUCCCAGUUGCCUGCAUUUGGCCCAUAACCUUACAAAACACUCCACUUUAUGUACCUGGCUGAAUGCCUGUUAAAUGUUGCAGUUGGACUUGCCUCAACCACUUCCUCUGUCAGCUUAGGGUAAAGAAGUUACCUCUCAGGACUUCUAAAUCUCUCCCCCUUUAUCUUGUAUCUGAACCUUCUAGUUUUGAAUUCCUUAAUCCGUGGGGAAAAGACCAAAAGUCCAUUACAGUCCACCUUUUCCAUACCCCUCAUGAUUGUAUAAGCUUCUAUGAGGCCACUGCUCAUUCUCCUGUGCUCCAGAGUAUAAUGAUCCAGUGUGGCCAGCCUCUCCCUAUAACUCAGGCCCUCUAGCCCAGGUAACAUCCUUGUAAAUCUCUACUGCAUCCUCUCCAGCUUGACAAUAUCUUUCCUAUAACAGAGUGACCGAAACUGUACACAAUACUCCGAAGUGCAGCCUCACCCAUGAAUUGUAUAACUGCAACAUAAUGUCCCUCUCCUAAACUCAAUACCCUGAUUGAUUAAAGACCAGCAUGCCAGAUGUCACCUUCACCAUCCUGUCUACUUACUGAUCUUCUUUCAGGAACUGUGUAUAAGUUAUCACAUUCACUGUGUAAGUAUUUCUCCAGUUUGACUGCCUAAAAUGCAUCACCUCAAAUUUAUCUAAGUUGAAAUUUGUUAAUCUUUACUCAGCCUAUCUCACUAACUGAUCAAUAUCUCCUUACAAUUUAUUGCAACCUGCUUCACUAUCAACAAGACCCUCUAAUUUAGUAUUAUCAACAAACUUGCUAAUCAUGCCAUGUACAUUCAUAUCCAAAUCAGUACAGAAGUAAUGAACAACAGAUCCCAACCCUAACCACCUGGGGCACCCUACCAGUCACAGAUCUGCAGUUUGAGAAUUGACCUUCAAACAUCACACUGUUUCUUAUCAUCAAGUCAACUAACCUUGUGAGCUUCUGUUGAAUUACAUGCAACCUAACCUUCCAGACCAGCUUAUCAUGCAAAUCUUGUCAAAGUCCAUAUGGACAACAUCCACUGCCCGACCUUCAUCUAUCCCCUCAGUUAACUCUUCAAAAAAAAACUCCCAAAAGAUUCAUCAGGUAAGACCUCUGACAGACAAAACUAUGUUGACUGUUUGUGAUCAGGCCUUGUUAGCUCUAGAGAAGCAGGCUUGGUAAUUUAAAUACGUCAGUCGUUUGAAUGUAAUUUUUGUACUUCGUUCAGAACACAUGAUUUCCCAAGCUGUACAGAAAUCCUGGUGUUAGCUGAAGAACAUUUGUUGACGCCUUAAAAGCUGACAAUUGAUUCCUCAAUAAAUUUAACC